AUGCCAAAACAAGUUAAAGAAAUUAAGGACUUUGUUCAACUCGUCCGUAGGAAGGAUGUCAAAUCUAUUACUAUUAAGAAAAAUAAAACCAACAUGAAGUACAAGGUUCGCUGUUCAAAAUACUUGUACACAUACGUUGUCAAUGAUUUACAUAAGGCAGAAAAGCUUAAGGCUAGCCUUCCAAGCAACGUUACAGUCAACGAGAUCAAGUAA